AUGGACGCUGACAUUGUCGAGAUUCCAUCUCCGGGGACUAACAACACUUCCUCUUCGGAGAAGCAGAAAGAGGUCUUAAGGGAUGCUGUGAUCGGCAUAGAUGACAACGAUGAUUCUGCUGAUUUAGAAGUAAUUGGUGACAAAGUUACUAAAGUUGACAAGGGGAAGGCGAUAGCAACCAUUCAUGAUGAUCAUCAAAAUAUGGAAUUGUUUGAUGAUGAUAAAUCUGGAUCAGGUGAUGGGCAUAAUUCUGACGGCUCAUAUGAUGAUGAUGAUGAUGACUACAGUGAUUUGUUUUCAGAUGAUUUCAUCGACGCCGAUAAAUAUGCUGAAAUACAGAUGCAUCUUGAUAAAGUGGAUUUACCUUCUGGAAUUGAGGUACCCAUUCCUUGGUUGGCGGAGUUUGAUCUAGGUUCGAAGAAGACAAACAAUGAUUCGUUGUCUCCUUGGUCUGGUGCCAACAAUUCUCAAGCGACUGAUUCAUCGCAGCCGUCAUUAAUAUUAGAGCCUACUAACCUUGAAAUUCAAGGACUUUCUGCAGGACCUUCUGCGACUAAAAGGAAGGCUGACACUUUUUAUGCUAGCGAUGCCUCCGUUUUCGAGGCCAAGAAACGGGCACUAGAUGAGCUACUAAAAUGGGGAGGAUUUACAGAUUUUAAGACAGAAGGUAAAAGUGACACUCCAUAUCAUUCACCUUCUGUUGGAUCUUCGUUUCAUUUUCCUAGAGCUGGAUUUACUAGUGAUAAGUGGUCGAAGAAAGGUAUUCAAUUUCUAGAAGUCCCUGAAGCUGUACUAAAAUCAAGUUUGGCUGGUCCCUCUGUUCCUUUUCAUGUCAAUUCCGAUAUAUUGUUUGAUAACCCUUGGUUUAAUGAUUUUGUGGGAGAUGAAAACAAUGAAGCAGCUUCCAAUAGUACUGUUGCUACAAUAUCCGAUGAAGCCAGAGAUGAAAUUUUGAGGAAAUUUCAUAACUUCAAACAAUUUGACGUCAUUGAAGACACUUCAGACCACUACUAUGUUGAAGCUGACUUAUCCAUGCAACAACAUUCAAAGAAUCGUGCAAAAAGAAUCCAGGAAGAGUGGAAGUCAUUGGAGAAGGAUUUACCGGAUUCGAUAUUUAUCAGAGUUUAUGAAUCAAGAAUUGAUCUUUUGAGGGCAGUAAUUAUUGGAGCAGAUGGAACGCCUUAUCAUGAUGGCCUUUUCUUUUUUGAUGUUUUGUUCCCAAGUAACUAUCCCAAUGUACCCCCGGAAGUCCAUUACCACUCUUAUGGGGUUCGGCUCAACCCAAAUUUGUAUUAUUGUGGCAAAGUUUGCCUUAGUCUGCUCAACACCUGGUCCAGCCGUUAUAAGAAUGAGAAGUGGGUUCCGGGUGUUUCAACAGUUUUACAGAUUCUGGUCUCUAUACAGGGUCUAAUCUUGAAUUCGGAGCCAUACUUUAAUGAGCCGUCGAAUGCCCGUCUCAGAGGUUCAAAAGAGGCUGAAGAUCAUUCUUUAUACUACAAUGAGACCACAUUCAUCUUAUCAUUGAGGACAAUGGUGCAUGUCAUGAGAAGAACUCCAAAAAAUUUUGAGGACUUCGUGGCUGGGCACUUCUGCAGCCGAGCUCAUGAUAUUCUGGUGGCAUGCAAAGCAUACAUGGAUGGUGCUCAAGUUGGUUGUUUGGCCCCUGGUGGGGUGCAGGAUGUUGAUCAAGGUGACAAGAGCUCCUCAAAACACUUUAAGAAAUCCUUAGCUGCAUAUGUGAAUAUGCUUAUUCCAGAGUUCACGAAAAUUGGGGCUAAGGACUGUGACAAAGUCUUUCCACCAAAAACGGUGGUUGAAGAUCCGUUGAAAGAAAUGCCUCAGCCUGCUGCAAUUCCUGAUGAAGAUGCUUGA